CAACUAUGCUGGCGGCAUUUAUCACUCGCAGCCGCAUCUCUCUCACUCAUCUCACUCGCAGCCUCACCUCACUGCCUCGUUCCAGUCUCCUUAACCACAUACACUCAUACCAGUGACUGGUGGCGCUAGACUCCUGGCGUCCAUUCACUCAGGAGACAAGAUGGCGGCUGGAACAGCAGAGGCGAUGAAUCCCCCUUCGAAAAAGUAUGGCUCUGUAGUUAUUACGUUGGAUAAUGUGCUCAUCCCGUUGGAUAAGUUGUCCCCGAGUCCGUCGCAACAGGAUGGCCUCGACCCCGAGAUCGAGAUGGACUUGAGGAUCCUUGGAUGUGAACUGAUACAGACGGGUGGCAUUCUCCUCAAGUUACCUCAGGUUGCAAUGGCAGCUGGACAAGUACUCUUUCAAAGAUUUUACUAUGCAAAGUCAAUGGUUAGGUACCCCAUGGAGACUACCGCUAUGGCAUGCAUUGCUCUAGCAUCCAAGAUUGAGGAGGCACCUCGCAAGAUCAGGGACGUUAUCAAUGUCUUCAAUCAUGUUAGACAAGUAAAGAAUGGAAAGACCAUUCAACCUGUGAUUCUAGACAGCAACUACAUAGCCCUCAAGAAUCAGGUCAUCAAAGCUGAACGACGGCUUUUAAAGGAAUUAGGAUUCUGCUGUCACGUCAAGCAUCCCCACAAGAUCAUUAUCAUGUACCUGCGUCUGCUGGAGGCGGAUGACAACCGCCGGCUGGCCCAGUCUUCAUGGAACUACAUGAAUGAUGCCCUUCGGACAGAUGUAUUUGUACGCUACAGUCCAGAGACAAUUGCUUGUGCGUGUAUCUGGCUUGCUGCCCGGUUAUUGAAAGUGGCUCUUCCUGAACAGCCUCCUUGGUACCUGGUCUUAAGAGUCUCUCAAGAGUGCAUUGAGGAUGUAGCUGCUUCUAUACUUAGACUCUACACUAGGAAGAAGGUUAAAUUGGAAGUUUUGGAAACAAAAGUUGAGGAGAUUCGCAGAGAACAGCAGGAGGCAAGAUUACGCAGCAAAGCUGUGGCAUCAUUAACAACACCACAGACUAACACUCAUUUUAGUCCUGUAUCUCAUAAUAAUUCACCUAAUAAAACCUCACCAACACACAAGCGUUCUUCCUCACCAGAGAGAAACUCAGGAAGAAAACGAAGUGGGAGUAGUGGUAGCAGAUCUAGAAGUCGAAGUCGUAGCCACUCGAGAUCAUCACAUCGUCGCACCCGCAAGAAGCAGCGUCGUGGUGAUUCCCGAUCUUCUCAUUCACAUUCCAGAUCUCGAUCAAGAUCACGAACUCGGUCAAGGUCCCAUUCCCGAGAUAAGCACAGAGGAAACAAAAAGUACUCGAGAACUCCAUCUCCAACAGUAACACCUCCACCACGUUUUACAAAAAAUAAAGAUAAGGGGUUAAUUGUCAGAUCAAGGUCCCGGUCUCAUUCUCGAUCACCCCAGAGAAACUAUGAAAAGUAUGACCGAUAUGAGAAGUAUGACAAAGUAGAACGAUACUCCAAAGCCAAUGAUAGAUAUGAGAAGAAUGAUAGAUAUGCAAGAGAUGAAAAAAUAAACAAAUAUGAGAAUAAGGAAAAGAGUGAUAAAUAUUCCAACAAAUAUGGCAACAAGUUUGAUAGAUAUGUUGAUGAUAAGAAAAAAUACGACAGAGACGAUAAAAAAUAUUAUGAUAAUGGAUUUGGAAAACCUCACAAAGCUAAGAAAAAUGGCCGCCACAGAUCUAGAUCACGAGAUAGGCGGCGAUAGUGUAUAUUGAGCUUUGUUACUGUGCAGUAGCUCUUGUGGAGGUCAACAUGGCAUUGGUACUCCUAAAACCCAGGGAUAUUCAGAUUACCUGAAACUUCAUAAGUUGAAUUUUGCAUAAUCCAUAAAAGUUUGUGUUAUAUUUUGAAGCCAUAAACUGUUUUGAUGUACAACAGACUAUAAAUUGUGUAUAUAUGUAUAUAGCAUUACAUGUUUAGCUCUGUAACUCUUGGUUAGAAUGAAAUUCCAUUCUACAUAUGUUGAAAAAUAUAAAAAUUGCCUGAGAUCUCUGAAUUCUGCAUGACAAGAAAAAAGUCAAUAUUAACCUGGUUCAUUACAGAGGAAAGGAAAUGUAGAAGUGUUAAUGUUUGCUCAUAUUGAGCAGCAAUAAAUGGUUAUUUUUCAAAAUCACAAUUAUUUUGCUAUAUGCCUUGCCUACCAGGUAUUAAUAAAAUGCCAUAGAUCAGAUUCCAUUUGUUCAUAUAAAAUUUGCAUUUUACUGUUUUCAUUAAAAAAAUAUAUAUAUAUUUUAUUAUUCACUAGCAAAGCUUUAUAUAUAAUGUUAAAUAUAAUUUAUUACUUUGAUAGUGUGGUCAAAACAUCCCUAAAACAAAAUUUGGUAAAAAAAAAAUCAAUAACUUUAAUUUAGAUUUUAGUAAAGUGUGUUUGAAAUUAUGGUGCAAAUUAUUUUCAAAUGCAUCAGUAUCUCAAAUCUUAAAAGAGUAUAUGACCCUGCUUUCUAAAUUGGUAAUAUAUAUUUAUACACCCCAUUGGUUUUCUCCCAGCAAGGUAGUGACCCAAUAUAAGAAAACACCAUUCAACAGCUGUCUUGGCAGCAGUGUGCAGAUAUCACAAUUCAAAUGAUCCUCCAAACAGCAACAAUAAUAACACUAAAAAUUCAACGUUUUGGUUUUGGUUACAGGAAUUUUUCAGCCAAGUGUUUUAGCAAUAUACAGUACUUUGAGUCUUGUAGUGUAUUGCAAAGUUCUGUGAAAGAAACUUGUAUAUAUAUUUUUUUUUUAUUUCAAGUCAGCCAUCUCCCACCAGAGGCAGGGUGACCCAAAAAAGAAAAAAUCCCCAAAAAGAAAAUUCUUUCAUCAUUAUUCAACACUUUCACCUCACUCACACAUAAUCACUAUUUUUGCAGAGGUGCUCAGAAUACAACAGUUUAGAAGCACAUACAUAUAAAGAUACACAACAUAUCCUUCCAAACUGUCAAUAUCCCAAACCCCUCCUUUAAAGUGCAGGCAUUGUACUUUCCAUUUCCAGGACUCAAGUCCGGCUAUAUAAAAAUAACCGGUUUCCCUGAAUCCUUUCACUCAGCAUUACCCUGCUCACACUCCAACAGCUCAUCAUGUCCCAAAUACCAUUCGUCUCCAUUCACUCCUACCUAACAUGCUCACGCACGCUUGCUGGAAGUCCAAGCCCCUCACCCACAAAACCUUUACCGCCUCCCUCCAACCUUUUCGAGGACGACCCCUACCCCGCCUUCCUUCCCCUACAGAUUUAUAUGCUCUCCAAGUCAUUCUACUUUGAUCCAUUCUCUCUAAGUGACCAAACCACCUCAACAACCCCUCUUCAGCCUUCUGACUAAUACUUUUAUUAACUCCACACCACCACCUAAUUUCCACACUCCGAAUUCUCUGCAUAAUAUUUACACCACACGUAGCCCAUAGACAGGACAUCUCCACUGCCUCCUCGCUGCUGCAUUUACAACCCAAGCUUCACACCCAUAUAAGAGUGUUGGUACUACUAUACUUUCAUACAUUCCCUUCUUUGCCUCCAUAGAUAAUUUUUUUUUGUCUCCACAUAUACCUCAAUGUGCCACUAGCCUUUUUUUCCUCAUCAAUUCUGUGGUUAACCUCAUCCUUCAUAAACCCAUCUGCUGACACAUCAACUCCCAAAUAUCUGAAAACAUUCACUUCCAUACUCCCUCUCUACAAUGUGAUAUCCAAUUUUUCUUUAUCUAAAUCAUUUGAUACCCUCAUCACCUUACUCUUAUCUAUGUUCACUUUCAACUUUAUACCUAUACACACCUUCCCAAACUGGUCCACUAACCUUUGCAACUAUAUAUACACAUACAUAUAUUCAUAUACAUAGACACACACAAAACUUUGAAGAUGGAGAGAUGUAAUAAUGACAAUGACAUGUGACUCGAAUAUUUUGUGCAAUCUAGAUUAAUAUGAUUAGAAGAGUAAUGGUGAAUUAGUCCAUAUUUUGCCACCAGGUUACUGCUUUCUGGAAUGUAUGUUCAGGCAUUAAAUUGUAGGACAAUAAAUUUUAACAAUUUGUUUGGCCAGGUGAUAUCUGCAGAAUAUUUUAAUUGAACGUAACUAUAGUUUUAUUAGAUGGUGUUUUGGGAGUGGCAAUAAAGUUACCAUGGGACAGUAUAAAAUUUCUUUACAUUUUGUAUUUUUUAAAUAUUAAAGCAUAUAAAUGAAAGUUACCAAAUUUUAAAUUAUGGAAUAUGUAUUUUUUGAUACUUGCUGAGAUAGGUUAUAUAAACUGUGAUGUGUACAUACUAUUGACAUUUUGCUAAGUACCACAUAAUUUUGUCUUAAGAAAUAUGUAUAUUCACACCUGUAGUUGGAAUAUGAAUUAUUUUUAUAAA